AUUUUAGGUUAUAAUUCCAACCUAAAUUUCUCAAAAUAAAUAAAGUUUUUUUAAAAUAUUGUAUAACGGGAGUAAUUUAAUUAAUUAUAAUAACUUAGAUACGAAGGAAAAUAUUAAUAACAACGUACAAUAUGCUACAACGAAGCCGAUUGUUGUUUAUCCAUUCUAAACUUUAUUCGGGCGUUAGAAAACAAACAUUUCUAACAAACGCAUACAGUUGCACGGAGGCUUGGAACUCCCGCAGUUCGUCUCCUAUUCUCAGUAAAAUCAACUUAAACGAUUUCUACAAUGUGUUGGAUCAAAACUAUACAUCUAAAGGGGUCAUCAGUGCUACGGACGUCGAUAUAUUUGCGAAUGUUAUCAACGAUUCUAGCUAUUUAGAUGAACUCAGAGACUUACUGCACAAGCUGCGGAUGUCCGCCGACACUAUGUCCACCCUAGACUCCACGCAUCACGCCACAAUAAGAAACUAUAUCGACCACGGCCACAUUGAAGACCUAAUAGAGAUACUGAAAGAGCCCUUAACUUAUGGAAUAUUCCUUGAUGAUUAUACGGCCAAUAUUUUACUAGACAAACUAGUUACAGCCGAAAAUUAUGAUGAUGCGGCUACAGUGGCGUCCCUAGUGAUGCUACAGGAAGACUUCUCCAAUGACAUCACAUGUGCACUCGGUCAGUAUGCAUGUUACAAGUUUGCACUGGGCUACACACCCCCUCCACCGCCCGAGCCUGAGCCAAAGAAGAAAAAGGUUGAAGAAAUUAAAAUUAGAGUCAAAUACUUAAGAAACCCGUAUUUUGAUGACCAUUUUGACAUUAAAGAUCCCCUUGUAGCAGCAGGUAAGACCCUCGCGUGGAUGUCAGAGAGAUCAAACACAAACUUGAACAAUAAUCUGCAGAUUAUAGGGUGGCUUUACUUUAAAAAGUAUGAUAAGUUAUUCAAUGCAUGUGAGAACUUGUCCAAAAAGGAAGGUUCUAAGUUGUUUGCGGAGGUGAAAGCCUUGGUACAGAAGGAGUGUGAGUCCAAGCCUGAUGAUGCAGAGACUGUGCAGAAGCUUGGGCAGUGCCUGUCGGUGCUCGAAAAGGUCUCCGCUAGUGAGGGUAGUCUAGAAGAUGCCUUGAAGGACUCCAUAGAGAAUGCCAUCAACAAAUCACAAAAACAGGACAUUGCAGCACAAGUAAAGCUAUUCCAGUCAUGGGGUGAGAUAAGAGAAGCCAAGCUGAAAGAGCAAAUACAGAGACUGGACCGAGCCAAGCGCCUGCAACUGAUCCAGGAGAAGCAAGACAAACUGAAGGAAGAAGAACAGAAACUGUGGUUCUUUGAUAAUGAAGACCAAAUCGACCUUCAGAUUGAGGAUAAAGAGAGCCUUGUUGAGGAACCGGCUCAGAGAAAGACGGUGGUCACCCAGUCUGAUGAAAACUAUGUGCCUCCUGAGAUACGGCCGAAGAAGAAGUGAUUGUAUUUAAGUUUAAGUAGAAACAUUUAUUAGAGUAGUGUGUGGAAAUAAAAUUUUAAGUGUAAGAAAAUAAACCUUUACAAACAGA